AUGAAGGUGGAUAUAGCUGCUUGGAGGCGACGCGCUGCGCUGAACGUAGCAGGUUGCUACUUGGCGUUGGUGGUGUGGGCGCUGGCGGGCCCCGGGGCCCAGGGCGCCGCCCCCGUGGGCCCCUCGGACCGCCCGGAGGCCUACUUCAACGGCAGCUCCUACAUCCGCCUCUCGCGCCCCAUCUCCCUCAAACAGCUGGUCGGCCUCAGCUUCCGCACGUGCGUCGGCGGGGAGCUGUUCUUGCAGCGCUUCGAGGGCUACACGCUGCACGUGACGGCCCUGUACGAGCAGGUGGUGGUGUCGUGGGCGCGGCCGGGGCAGCCCUACCGCGAGGUGGGCCUCGCCAAGGAGACCCUGGACAACCGCUGGCACUGGGUGGCGCUCCGCUACCGGCCGGAGCCGCUGUCGCUACUCCUCGAGGUCGACAGGGAGACCCAGGUGAUAUCGAACGUGACCUGGAACCCCGAGCUGCUGAGCCCCAGCGGGCUGGAGGCCGAGGGCGCGGUGCUGCUCGUGGGCAACGUGUUCAGCGGCUGCAUCCACGAGGGGCCGCAGCUGGAGUUCCACGCCGCGAACGCGCACACGCGCAACGUCGUCUUCGGCCAGUGCCCGCUCACCACCGACGAAUGUAUUGACAGAAAAGACGUACUGCGGAUACCCCCGAAGGAUUACUGCUACAACGAGCCCUGCAUGAGACAUGGCACCUGCAUCUCAAGACACGACAGGUACGAGUGCCACUGCACGGCGCGCUACACGGGCAACAACUGCGAGGUGGACGCGGGCGACCCGUGCCAGUCGGCGCCCUGCCGCCACGGCGCGCGCUGCCUGGAGGACGCGGCCGGCGACUACGCCUGCCUCUGCGCGCCCGGCUUCCACGGGGUGCACUGCGAAUUGGAGGAGUCGCUGGAGCCGGUGUGCGUCGCCGGCCCCUGCCGCAACAACGGCAGCUGCAGCGUGCCCCCCGGCGCGGACACCUACCACUGCGCCUGCCCGCCCGGUUUCACGGGACGUAACUGCGAGACGGACGUGGACGAGUGCGCGGGCGCGCCUUGCCUCAACGGGGGCCGCUGCCUCGACGCGGUCAACAAUUACACCUGCGACUGCGCUGGCACUGGCUAUAGCGGGCCGCGGUGCGAGGCGAACGUGAACGAGUGCGCGGGCGAGCGCGCCGUGUGCGGGCACGGCGUGUGCUACGACACGUACGGCGGCUACGUGUGCGCCUGCCUGCCCGGCUACACGGGCGACCAGUGCCAGAAGAUGUCGGCGUGCGCGUCGGGCCCGUGCGGGGCGGGCGGCGCCUGCGUCGAGGAGGGCGGCGGCGCCGGCUACCGCUGCGUGUGCGCGCGCGGCUGGGCGCCCCCGCUGUGCGACGCGCCGCUGCCGCCCCCGACGCCGGCCGCCCUCGCGCCGCCCGCCGCCCCCGCCCCGCCGUCCGGCUGCGCCGAGCUGCAGUGCCCGGCGCGCUCGCACUGCCGCGACGCGCACUCGCUCGGGCUGCCGGGCAUGGUGGCGGGCGCGGUGGUGAGCAAGCAGGUGAUCUGCGUGUGCGACCUCGGCUACUACGGCGUGCCGGGCCGCGCGCCCGUGUGCGAGCCGCCCGAGGCCGCCUGCGAGGCGGGCGUCUGCCUCAACGGCGCCACCUGCACGCGCCUGCCCGACCGCGUCGAGUGCCUCUGCGCGCCGGGCUUCAGAGAGGGUGGAACGCCAUUGGGGGCGUGGUUGUUGACAGUGGGCGCGUACUGCGAGGUGGGGCCGGCGGGGGGCGCAGGGACGGCGGGGGGCGCGGCGGCCGGCAAGGCGCUCUCCGAAAUGAAGGCGGAGCGCUGCUCGGCGGCGCCGUGCCUGCACGCCACCGCCUGCCGGGACCUCCCCGGCGGCUUCCGGUGCGAGUGUGAGGCGGGCUGGGGCGGGGCGCGCUGCGACGUGGCGGCGGCGGCCGCGGAGGCGGGCGAGUGCGUGCGCGCCUGCCUCAACGGGGGCACGUGCGUGCCGCCCGCCGCGUGCGAGUGCCGGCCCGGCUACGGCGGCGCCCAGUGCGACCUGCUGCUCGACUGCCGCGCCCUCGGCUGCCCGCACCGGCCCGUGCAGGAGUGCGUGGAGCAGGGGGGCCAGUGGCGCUGCGCGGCGCCGGGCGCCGAGUCCGCGUGCGCCUCCUCGCCCUGCCACAACGGCACCUGCCUGGCGCUCGACUCCGGCCUCUUCAGCUGCCAGUGCCCCCCCGGCACCGCAGGACGGUAUUGUGAAUUGGACAAGGAUGAAUGUGCAUUGAUGCCUAAAAUAUGUAAUCACGGAGUUUGUGUAAAUGUGCCAGGUUCAUAUCAAUGCUACUGUAAACCAGGAUACACGGGUGAUAGCUGUGAGCAAGAUAUUGACGAGUGUCUUUCGUCACCGUGCAAAAACGGUGGUACAUGUCAGAACUUGGAAAACAAUUUCGAAUGCACUUGUGUGGAUGGUUUUGAAGGCAAGGACUGCUCGAUAAACAUCAAUGAGUGCGAAACUAAUCCCUGCGCCGCCGGCUCCACUUGCGUCGACGGCGUCGCUAAAUAUUCGUGCGUUUGUCAAGAUGGCCUAACGGGAGCUAAUUGUGAAAUUGACAUUGAUGAUUGCGAGUCGCAGCCGUGCCAGCACGGCGGGCGCUGCACGGACGCGCUGAACGGGUUCACGUGCGAGUGCGCGGGCACCGGCUAUGCGGGCGCCCAGUGCGAGCUGAACAUCGACGAGUGCGCGCCGCAGCCCUGCCGCAACGGCGGCACCUGCCACGACGACCUCAACGACUACCGCUGCGCCUGCCACCCGGGAUACACGGGCAAGAACUGCGAGACGGACAUCGACGAGUGCGAGGGCGAGCCGUGCAAGUACGGCGGCGUCUGUCUGGAGCGCAGCAACACCAGCCUGUACCGGGCGGCCGACGCGCCGCCGCUGCAGGUCGGCCCGCAGCCGCACAUGCUGCUGCCCGCCGGCUUCUACCAGCCCUUCUCGCUCGAGACGGCCAGCGGGUUCGAGUGCGUGUGCGUGGAGGGCACGGAGGGCGCGCGCUGCGAGGUGAACGUGGACGAGUGCGCGUCGUCGCCGUGCAGCCACGGCAAGUGCGUGGACGGCGUGGGCGCCUACAGCUGCCUCUGCGCGCCCGGCUUCGAGGGCCGCCACUGCGAGCUGGAGAUCGACGAGUGCCUCAGGUACACGCCGUGCGCGCACGGGCGCUGCUACGACCUGCGCGCCGCCUACUACUGCGCCUGCGAGGCGGGCUGGGGCGGGCGCAAUUGCUCGGUGGUGCUGCAGGGCUGCCGCGACCAGCCCUGCCGCAACCACGGCACCUGCCUGCCCUGGCUGCGCCACGAGACCGAGCACCGCUUCAACUGCUCCUGCACGCCAGGACACUACGGCACCACCUGCGAGAAGAUAACGACCAUGUCGCUGGAGAACAGCAGCUACGCGGAGGUGAAUACAUCGCGAGAGGAGGGCUACGACAUCUCGUUCCGAUUCAAGACCACACUGGGCAACGGACUGCUGGCCAUGGGCCGCGGCCUCACCUACUUCUUCCUGGAGCUCUCCAGCGGACGCCUCAAUCUGCACUCCAGCCUGCUCAACAAAUGGGAAGGCGUCUUCAUCGGCUCCAACCUCAACGACAGCAAUUGGCAAAAGGUGUUCGUGACGAUCAACUCGUCGCACCUGGUGCUUGCGGCCAACGAGGAGCAGACCAUCUACCCGAUCAGCCAGAACGAGGCGUUCAACGCGUCGGUGACGUCGUUCCCGUCGACGCGGCUCGGCACGGCGGGCUCCUCUUACGCCACGCUCACGCACGGGCCCAACUACUUCGUGGGCUGCUUCCAGGACGUGGUCGUGAACGGGCAGUGGGUGCUGCCCGAGGCGGGCGGGGAGGAGGAGGAGGAGGAGCGAGGCGCGGAGGAGGACGGGGAGGCGGAGGAGGAGGGCGGGGCGCGCGCCGUGCUGCGCGGCGUGCUGGCGUCGUGCCCGCGCGUGGCGCAGUGCGCGCCCAACCCGUGCCUGGCGGGCGGCGCGUGCCUGGACGCGUGGAGCCGCUUCGUGUGCACGUGCCCGCGGCCGCGGCUGGGCGCGCGCUGCCAGUUCGCGUACGCGGCCGCCACCUUCGGCCACGAGGGCGCACGUGGCGGCGCGCGCGUGCGCGUGCAGGUGGCGCCCUCCGCGCGCCGCCACGUGCGCGCCGCGCUCGGCAUCUCCAUGUUCGUGCGCACGCGCAAGCCCACGGGCCAGAUCUUCUACCUGGGCGCGGCGCCGCGCUUCGGCCAGACGGACGACACGCUCGUGGCCGCCUCGCUCAACGGCGGCGAGCUGCUGCUGCACCUGCGCUUCAACCAGACGCCCGAGAACUACACCGUGGGCGGCACGCGCCUCGACAACGGACACCUGCACCUCAUCGAGGUGGUUAGGAAUUCUACGCUGGUGCAGGUGAAAUUGAACGGAACGGAAUACUUCCGCAAGUCCAUAUCGGCGGCACGACAACUCGACGCCCAGGUGCUGUACCUGGGCGGGCCGCCCCCUGCGCCGCAGCCGCCCGCGGACACGACGCCGGCGCCCCCCGUGGCCGCCGCGCUCCUGGCCUCCGCCGCCCCCCUCUCGCCAGCCGCCCCCGCCGCCCCUGCCGCCCCUGCCGCGCCCCUCGCCCCCGCGAGCCAGGCGCCCUCCCCCGCCGCCCCCUCCGCGGCGCCCUCCGCCCCCGCAGUCGCUCCGUCCGCCCUCCCAUCGGCCGCGCCCCCCGCCUCCUCCACCAGCCCGGAGCCCAGCACUGUCGCGCCGCCCAAUGACGAUCCCGACUACUUCAAAGGAGUCAUACAAGACGUGCAGGUGACCACUCAAGCUGAUAAAACUAUUAUU